UUAAAUAAAAUUAUUAUACCAAGAUUUUUAAAUUAUUACUAGAAGCAAACGUGUAAAUUACGAAUCUUCAUGAGCUAGGUAAAAUUCGUGCAGCUGUUAAUAACCAUGUUUAUGGUUACUUUGUGGAAUCAUGGGUAAUGUGAUGUCAUCCCUAUGUAUAGUGGGCGGUUAAUUCGAAAAAGUGUACGAUUUUAAGGAUUUCUUGAUUGUUCGAAUUGAUCAUCUCUUGAUCUUGAGACUUAUUGAAUGGAAAUGGAAGAUAAAAAAGACUCUAUGCAAGGGAAGUUCCGUGAGAAUUGGAGAAGCUCCAUUAAAAAAUUCCACGAAGGAAGAACGAUUAAAGUUACAAAUAUAGUAUCUGAAAUCGAGGAAAAUGAUUUGAAAGAUGCUCUUUUUUUUCUCUCUAUAAAAAGGAUCGAAAUUAAUCGGAUUUCACAAAUGGCAACAAUAAUUUUGUGUGAACCAGAAAGUUUUGAUCCUCUUCUAUGUAAUCACGAGGUUCCUGCAAAAAUAAAAGACCAAAGUAUUAAUGUUAAAUAUUCAACAAAGGAUGAUUUUUUGUGUAUAUCAAAUUUACCAUCAACAUUUACAGAUUGUCAGUUUAGUGAAUUGGUCAACAAAUUUGGUCCAGUUACUGAUAAUUUUUUGAUAUACGAUCAUAAAACUGAUGAGAAUAAAGGUUAUGGCUUGGUCCAGUAUUGCAGCAGAGCUGUAGCAUGUCAAGCUCGUAAUCUCAUACAUGGUAAAGAAAUUAAAAGUGGAAUAUUGCAUUGUGAUUGGCUUGAUCACAGAAUAUUAAAAUAUAGUGAUCUGUAUUCAAAAUGCCUAUAUGUGGAUAAUCUUCCAUUAAAUUACUGUAACUUGGGUGAUUUCAGAAAGAUUUUUAGUUGUGAAGCAAACCCAUUAUAUUGUCAAUUAGCAUUUAUUAACGGGCAAGCUGUUGGUUUUGGAUUAAUAGAAUAUAAUACUUCAAAAGAAGCAGAAAUAACUAGUUUUAAAUUGAAAAAUUAUGAAUUGAAAAACAAGGUUAUAAGAAUAUCUUUAGCUAGCCCAGCCAUCCCUGCUAUUAAACUGCAUGAUAAGCUUAUAGCCGAUAUAAAGAAGAAGAAAGUUUGCAGUCCUUUAUUAUCAAUUCCUGUAUUUCCUGUAUCAACUUUUCCACAGAUAAAAUCACAAGAAUCUUGUAAUCUGUAUCAAAGAAUUUUUCAAAGAAACCAUAUCAAUGAAAAUAAUUUAAAACCAUUACAAAUUUUACAGCCAGUUUUCCUUCAACCACAGACAACUGCAAAAUUUAAUAAUUCGUUUGCUCCAUAUAAAACUUUGGAAACCUAUUCGCUACCACAAACAACAUUGAAUCUUUUCCAACCUGAUAAUGUAAAUUAUGAUUACUUGAAUAAGGUAUUGGGUCAAAAUACAUUUUAUAAUCAGAACAGACUCCUAAAUACUGAUAUGAAUAAUAACAAAAAUAAUAGUUUAAUAUUUAAACAAGAAAGAUGCAGAUUAAACAAUUUUAAUGUAUCAAAAGAAAAUUAUAAUGGUUCUGCUGGUUUCUUUAAUACUUACAAAUCAUUGUCACCAAACAAUUUAGUAAAUCUGCAACAAUCUUUUCCAUUUCAGAAGAGAAUUUAUUAUCCAGUUUUGUCUAUUUCAAAGGUUCCUACUACUAUAACUAAUCAUACUGCAUACAAGUCUCCAGAUACAGCAAUACAAGGUGGAUGUAAACGAAAGUUAAAAUUACUUCCAUCGCCAGAAUGUAGUCCAGAAAAUAAUUAUAUUGGCCAACAUUCUCAAGGAAUUGGAGGUCACUAUGCUGAAUCGUAUUUCAAGAAAAAAUUGAAAUCAACAAAAUGAAUUAAUAUUGUUGUUUGUAAAUUUUCAAUAAUUUAAAAGUUUUAGUUGUUUGCAAAAUAUGUUUGAAUUUUAUUAGUUAAUUGA